AUGUCAAUCGCUCCUAAAAUCGCCGUCAUUGGCGAGGGUGUCAUCGGGUGCACGACGGCAUUCCAAUUGACGCGAGCGAUUCCGAAGGCCUCGAUCACCGUGUUCCAUGACCGCCCGUUCGAGAAGACGUGCAGCUACGGACCCGCCGGUCUCUUCAGAAUCGAUUUCGAGGAGAACAAGGAAUAUGGCCGCGCCACGUUCGCCUGGUUCGCUCAACUAUGCAAGAAAGUGAGCGGCGCCGAAACCGGCGUCAAAUUGAUCUCAGGUCACAUUCAAUCGGAUUCGAAGGAGCGUCUCGAACAGCAGCAAAAAGCCUACGGCGAUAUUGUCUACAAUUUUCGAUUCCUCACUGAUCGGGAGAGGCUCGAAAUGCUCCCAAAUCCGCAUAAGUAUGCAAUCCACUAUACCGCCUACGCAUCUGAAGGAGGCAAGUAUGUUCCUUAUUUGAAGCGUCAGCUUCUCGAAAAGGGCGUUUCGUUUAAAGCAGAAGCCGUCGAAAAUCUUGACAAUCUUGCUGAUCAAGGUUUCGAUGUCAUUGUGAAUUGCGCGGGUUUGAACGGCGGUCAAAUUGCCGGCGAUGAUAAUGACAUCCGUCCGAAUCGGGGAAUUGUGAUCGAAGUCGAAGCGGCGUGGCAUAAGCAUUUCAAUUAUCUCGAUUUUAUCACGUUCACGAUUCCCAAGGAGAACUCCGUCGUUAUAGGCUCAGUGAAACAAAGUGGACGCAACGAUUUGGAGAUCACCGAUGAGGAUAGGAACGAUAUUCUUUCGCGAUAUUAUGAGCUUCAUCCGACGAUGAAAGGCGCCAAAAUUCUUCGCGAAUGGUCGGCUCUACGACCAGAGCGAAGCAAAAUUCGAAUAGAAUCUGUUGAUAAGAAAUCUGCCAACGGAAAACCUUAUACGGUGGUUCAUCAUUAUGGUCAUGGUGGAAAUGGAUUCACAUUGGGAUGGGGGACUGCAAUGGAAGCGACGAAGCUUGUACAAAACGCUUUAGGAAAGAAUAAGCUUUAA